AGGCAUAUUUAAACGCCUGGCUAUGGCGGCGUUAGACAGUAGUUGCGUGUUUGGUGCGUGCUAGGCUAGGGUUCUUCAUUCGUUCUUUGGGAGGAGGGAGCCUAGGGCGUGCUUCUUGCGUCUGGCGGCCGCAUUCUUGCCGCGCUCUUCUUGGAUUCUCGGCUUGGAUUUUUGGAGCGCAUCAAAGUGGCGGGCGGCGGCGGCGGCGGUAUGGCUGCGAAAGAGGAUCAUCAGCACCUUGUUCACGAUCAGCUGCCAGAUAUCGACUACUGCCCCAACGAUAGCCCCGGCAUCGCCGAGGCCGUUCUCUUGGGAUUCCAGCAUUUUGUCACUAUGAUCGGGACAACCGUGCUCAUUCCCAGCUUGUUUGUAUACGAAAUGGGGGGAAACACGGAGCAGCUCAUUCGAGUGAUUCAAACGCUCCUCUUUGUGAAUGGAGUUAUGACUCUCGUGCAAAGCUUCUUUGGCACGAGGCUGCCAAUUGUUAUGAAUGCGUCCUUCUCGUAUGUGAUACCAAUAUGGAGGAUUGUGAACUCGCCGAGGUAUCGCUCCAUAUUUGAGGAUUACGAGAGGUUCUACCAUACACUCCGAGCUAUUCAAGGGGCUUUGAUCUGCGCAUCGAUCAUACAGAUCAUCCUUGGCUUCAGUGGUCUUUGGGCAGUUUUGUUGCACUACCUUUCACCUCUUUCUGUUGCGCCAGUUAUUGCUCUAGUCGGCCUCGGACUGUUCGAGUAUGGGUUUCCUGGGGUUGCGAGCUGUAUCGAGAUUGGACUUCCCGAAGUUAUUCUCCUUAUAAUUAUUUCCCAGUUCCUGGGGAGGCUAAGCGCUAAGAAAAAACUGCCUUUCUUUGAGCGCUUUCCAGUGCUUAUAAGCGCGGCCAUUAUAUGGGCUUAUGCUCAUCUACUGACCGUCAGUGGUGCAUAUAAACACGCGACAGAGCUUGGAAAAGAUCACUGUCGAACAGACCGAGCUCACUUCGUGAAAACUGCCCCCUGGGUGCGACUUCCAUUUCCUCUUGAAUGGGGUGCUCCAACAUUUAAUGCCGGUGAUGCAUUCGCUUUUCUUGCAUCGGCUUUUGUUUCACAAGUUGAGUCCACAGCGACAAUAUACGGUGUGUCAAGGCUGUCGAAUGCAACUCCGCCACCGCCUUUCAUCGUGGGCCGAAGUAUCGGUUGGCAGGGUAUCGGUGUUCUCUUGAAUGGUCUUUUUGGAACCAUCACGGGGUCCGCUGUUUCCGUGGAAAAUGCUGGGCUUGUUGGUCUUACCAGAGUUGGCAGUAGGCUUACUGUUCAAAUUGCAGCACUGUUUAUGAUAGUUUUGUCUAUCUUUGGAAAAUUUGGAGCUAUUGUUGCUUCAAUUCCCCAGCCGAUCGUCGCUGCUAUAAAUUCUGUUCUUUACGCUGUCCUUGCUGCCGUUGGUCUUUCAUAUCUUCAAUUCACGAAUCUAAAUAUCAUCCGCAACUUAUUCAUUCUGGGCUUCACGCUUUUUAUGGGGUUCUCAAUUCCACAGUACUUCUACGAAUUCACUAUCUCCAGUGGCCACGGCCCUGUACAUACUGGAGCAGGCUGGUUCAAUGAUAUCCUCAACACAAUAUUUUCAUCGAAUGCCAUGGUGGGGUUCAUCCUUGUAGUCAUCCUCGACAACGCGCUCAAGACUCAUAAGAAGAACAGGGGAUACGGCUGGUGGAAAAAGUAUCACAAGUGGAAGACGAGUGCCACCAACGAGGAGUUUUACAAGCUGCCCUUCAAUCUGAACAAGUACUUCCCGCCGCCACAGGUCUAAGCAAAGGCUCAACUCAGACGCCAGCCGGAGAGACAGAAAACACAAGAACCGCAUGACACUCAGACACACAUACGUCUCUUUUGCGAGAAAAGCUGCCGCCUGCGAUCACUUCAGUGUUCCUGGUUUCUUUCCAUCCAUGUACAUCGAGACCUGUGCCGCUGCACCGCUGCCCCGCUGCUGGGCGACGACGAGUAGGAGGGAGGAGGAGGUAGGCAUGAACUUUACAUCAGCAGUCUUGCUACACAGCUAGUGUUCCGCUGCUACUAAAGCUCUUUUGUUUUGUUAACUACAUUGGAGAGAAGCUGUGAACGCAGAUCUGUCACUGUAGUAGCGGUUCGAUAAUGCUGCUGCUCUUGCAGGCAGCUGUUCCCAGAUUUUGUUC